AUGUCUCAAUUUUUACUGUUAUGUGCCGUUUUAUCUGUAGCAAAUUUAUUAGUACUUCAACCUGGCUACGAGUAUGUACAAGAUGCCGACGCGUGGCUACGCCUACACAAGGUGCCCGCUAACUGGGGGAACGCUCGACUGCGCUGUCAACUCGAAGGUGGUAUCCUUGCCUCACCCUCAAACAGUGCUAUAGUUCAAGCCAUGCUGACCCAAAUGACGCGCCAUAAGGUGGCGUCACCGACUGUGUUCACCGGAAUACAUUCUCUCAACACUGAGCUUGACUUCACUUCGCUGGAUGGAAAGCCCCUGUCAGAGAUAGAACUUGACUGGGCUCCAAACGAACCUAAUGAUGACAAUGAAGAGGAGCAGAAAUGUGUGGUCCUCAACGAGAAGGGUCAAGUGGCUGACGUAAACUGCGCAAGCAAAUACCCGUACUUCUGCAAGAAGGACAGUGCUGCAAUGAACGCCACCAAUGAUUGCCCUACAACUGUUAGGGGUUACAAAUACCAGCCUCUCACCGGCAGCUGCUACAAGUUCCAUCGUUUCUCCCAACCCUGGAACAGAGCCGCCAGAAUUUGCCACGCCGAGGGAGGCCACCUGGCUAUCGUCAACGACGCAAUAGAAGCAACAGUGCUGAAGCAUAUCUUUGAGAAGAAUCCCGUAGAAGAUGUUGUAGGUGCAAUACAUAGUGAUGUGGCUUUAAUUGGAAUUUGGAAAUGGGAGGACGAUGGCGACUGGAUGACUAUAUUUGGUGAAACGCUGGAAAAAGCUGGAUACGCAAAAUGGAGUGACGGUGUCGAGCUUCAUGCAGACCAUGGGGCGAUACAGCGCAGUGGUUUGUUAGACGCCGUGGCGAAGUUUGACAAAGAUCCGUUUAUCUGCGAAAUUGAGAUGACCGAAGAAAAUUCUGUAUAAAAAACAAAUGAAACAUUAUUUUUCUACUCGUCGACUUUAAUCUGUCAUCUUAUAUCUCAUUAUUUCGUUUAAAACAUAACACCAAAAGCGUACCCUUGAAAUGUAAGGGCCUUUUACGCUUAAAACUAGAUGGCGCUGUUCGCAGCCUGGAAGUGACCGAAAUCAUAAUAAUUAUAUUUUCCCCAAAUAUU